GGCUUCCGGGCGGUAUCGGCGCGAUGGAGCUGAGGGCCAGUGCCGCCGAGUAGCGGCGGCGUGAGGUCGCGCGGGCCGGGUGGUGUGACCCGAGGGCUUGGGUCUCCGGGUACUUGGGAGCCGCCGGAGGGUGCGGAGAGAGCCUAGGAUAGCCGUCCGCCGCCACUCCCCGGCAUGUCGGCCGAGGCCUCGGGCCCGGCGGCGGCCGAGGCCCCGUCCCUGGAAGCGCCUAAGCCCUCGGGUCUCGAGCCUGGCUCCGCCGCCUACGGUCUGAAACCGCUGACCCCGAACAGCAAGUACGUGAAGCUGAACGUGGGCGGCUCGCUGCACUACACCACGCUGCGCACCCUCACGGGACAGGACACCAUGCUCAAGGCCAUGUUCAGCGGCCGCGCAGAGGUGCUCACCGAUGCGGGAGGUUGGGUGCUGAUUGACCGGAGCGGCCGUCACUUUGGUACAAUCCUCAACUACCUGCGGGAUGGGUCCGUGCCACUGCCUGAGAGUACCAGAGAGCUGGGGGAGCUACUAGGCGAAGCGCGCUACUACCUGGUACAGGGCCUGAUUGAGGACUGCCAGCUAGCACUGCAGCAAAAAAGGGAGAACCUGUCCCCGCUGUGCCUCAUCCCCACGGUGACAUCUCCCCGGGAGGAGCAGCAGCUCCUGGCCAGCACCUCCAAGCCCGUGGUGAAGCUCCUGCACAACCGCAGUAACAACAAGUACUCCUACACCAGCACUUCAGAUGACAACCUACUUAAGAACAUCGAGCUGUUUGACAAACUGGCCCUGCGCUUCCAUGGGCGGCUGCUUUUCCUCAAGGAUGUACUGGGGGACGAGAUCUGCUGCUGGUCCUUCUACGGGCAGGGCCGCAAAAUCGCCGAGGUGUGCUGCACCUCCAUUGUCUAUGCCACGGAAAAGAAGCAGACCAAGGUGGAGUUCCCAGAGGCCCGAAUCUUUGAGGAGACCUUGAACAUCCUGAUCUACGAGACUCCCCGGGGCCCAGACCCAGCCCUCCUCGAGGCCACAGGGGGUGCAGCUGGAGGUGGUGGGGCAGGCCGAGGGGAGGAUGAGGAGAACCGAGAGCACCGUGUCCGCAGGAUCCAUGUCCGGCGCCACAUCACCCACGACGAGCGUCCUCAUGGCCAACAGAUUGUCUUCAAGGACUGACCUUUGACCUUUCUCCCUGUUUUCCUCCUGCCACUGGAACCCAGUUCCUCUCUCUUUCCCUCCUUUUCCCAUACCUUUGCCCCGGCUUUGCUGGCCAAGUCGUGGGCCCAUCUUCUGUCCCUUCAUCGCAUGGUACAUUUCACUGUGGCCCUUUUCCAUUCAUUCCCACCUCACUGCUAACAGCACGGUACAUUCCAGCCCCCUCCCUAGGUCAGAGCCCUUCAGAAGGCCUGCAUUUGUUCCCUUAUCCCAUUCUUGUCCUGUUCUUCCCUCAUCAGCUGGUUUAGAGUGAUUUAGAGCUCCCUUUCUCCCCUUCUCUCUCCCCACCCUGUCCCCCCCCCCCCGUUUUUUCAGCACAUAGUACACGCCAAAGUGUCAAGCCAGCCCUUACUGAACCACCUCCCCACCGUCAUGCAGGGUAGUUUCCCUCCCUCGUCCUUCCCCCACCAGCCCCCCCUCCCCCCCACCUCCUUAACUUUGUACUAGGCUGGCCUGGGCUUGCACCAGCUCAGCCAUCUUCUCAAUCUAUUUCAUAUUAUUUAUUUUAAUUUUCUAUUAAAUUAUUGGCAUAAAGUUGA